UUGACUUCUAAAGUUGCUUGUUGCAUAUUUUACUUUAUAUACAUGUGCAUUUAAUUUUUUAAUUUAUUUUUGCAAAACCAGGUGCAGCCAUGCAAGAAAGCAUACGUUUUGCUUCAUCAGGAGAUGACAUUAAAAUUUGGGAUUCCUUAUCUCUAACUGUGGUGGAGCAGUUCAACCCACAUACCCCCACACAUCCAGUCAGCUCGCUGUGUUGGGCCAGCAAUAAUAGAUACCUGGCCACUGCUUCUGCUGCUGGUGAUAAAAUAGUUGUUUCAAGCUGUAAAAGCAAACCUGUUCCACUCUUUGAAAUAGCCGAAGGAGCAAGCCAGACAUGUGUAAGCUUAAAUACUAGUUCUUCAUAUAUUGUAAGUGGAGGCCUUGAUAACACAGUUAAUAUCUGGGAUCUGAAAUCCAGAAAGGUUUACCGUAGCCUUAAGGAUCAUAAACGUGAAGUCACGUGUAUUACAUAUAACUGGAAUGACAGUUACAUUGCCUCUGGAUCUUUGAGUGGUGAAAUUAUCCUACACAGUGUUACCACCAAUUUAUCAAGUACUCCCUUUGGUUAUGGCAGCCAUCAGCCUGUUCGACACUUGAAAUAUUCAUCCUUUAAGAAAUCCUUGCUGGGCAGUGUUUCUGACAGUGGAAAUGUAACUCUAUGGGAUGUAAAUAGCCAGAACCCAUAUCAUAAUUUUGAAAAUGCUCAUAAAGCACCAGCUUCAGAAAUCUGCUUUUCUCCAGUUAAUAAGCUGCUGCUUGUAACUGUAGGUUUGGAUAAAAGAAUUAUUCUCUAUGACACCUCAAGUAAAAAGUUACUGACAACAAUAGUAGCUGAUUUUCCUCUGACAACAGUAGACUUCAUGCCUGAUGGUACUACUUUGGCUAUAGGAUGUUCCCGGGGAAAAAUCUGCCAGUAUGACUUAAGACAACUGACAUUACCAGUGAAAACAGUUGUUGCUCACAAAGGCUGUGUGAAAUGCAUACGUCUUCAGUUCAGUAGCACUUUUUCCAAGUCUAACCUUAUGAGUUCUUCAAAUAAACCUGUAUCCAAAAAAGUAGAAGUCAAAGCUGGUACUAAUCUUGGAGGAGUUCAAAGUACUGGCAUAAAAAACGUUGCCUCUCAGGCGUCAGCAACAGUUUCAUCUGUGACACUGCCAAAAGAGAAUAAGGGAGGAGAGGUUCUUCAGGAGAAAACAGGCUUUCCCCAUAGUUGCAGCUUGGAUGUGAUUCCAUCUAAAGAAACAGAUCAUGGGAAAAGUGCUGAUAAUAUUAAUGUCAGUCGAAGCAGUUUAGGAGAUGUGUUUUCUCCAGUCAGAGAUGAUAUUAUUGCAAACAAAGUGAAUGAAGAUCCUCAAGGAAAAGGAGAUGGUGUGGAGUUUCAGUCCUACAUUUUGGGUGUGGAUUUUCUCCCACAUCUCACCACUGCCUUUCCGGCAAAAAGAAACCCUGUGGGCAGUAGUGCACAAGGAAUACGGUCCAGCCCAUUACAUGCACUUGUAGGGUCUCCAAUUAAAGAAGAAGAACAUCCAGAGGCAGACACAAAGAAAAUAAGUCUUGGAAAACAAGAAUCUACAGAACUCUUAAAGCAGGGUCAGCUUUCACAAUCGAGUUCAUCAAGUGCAGAAUCUGUAACUUUAAGUCCCCCACCAUCAUUCACUGCUGUAAAGGCUCCUGAGACAAAUGAGAGACUAGCGAAGAAUACUCAGGCCCAUCCUGCAUACGAUCUACCAGUAAAUGGUACUACCUCAACAAGUCCAAAGAUAACAUCACCAGUUGCUGCUGGAAUUGCAAGUUCAUUGUCAGAAAAAAUAGUAGAAAAUAUUGGGAGUAGCAGACCAAAUGCACCUCUGACAUCAUUCCAAAUAAACUUCAUUCAGAAUAUGAUCCAAGAAACAAUGGAUGACCUCAGAGAAGCAUGCCAUAGAGAUAUUGUGAAUUUGCAAGUGGAGAUGAUCAAGCAAUUCCAUGUGCAGUUGAAUGAAAUGCAUGCUUUACUUGAAAGAUAUUCUGUAAAUGAAAGCUUAGUAGCUGAAAUUGAGAGACUACGAGAGGAAAACAGAAGACUGAGGACUCAUUUCUGAAAGAUUUACACUGAUAAUUUUAUUAGCAUGAACUCACUACAGGUGGUGUGUUGCUUAUGACAGAUCAUCCAUCAUCACUGAAGUAUUGUAUGAAGACCUGCUAUUAUUUUGAACAUGAGUCUUUCUUUCUAAAUAAAUGGUGCAAGAUGCUACAUGUAAUUAUAAAAUUGUAAUUGAUAAACACUGUAAAAAGAAUGUUUGCAUACUCAUGCUAACCACCUUGAAAUACAGCCUUCUAACAGAAAAACUAAAAGGAUAAGUACAUUAUCGGAGUUCUAGCAAUAUGUGAAGUGCCUUUUUACAAACAAAAUCAAACCAGGACAGAUGCCUUUUCUGUAAGAAUUUUUGGCUAUACCUACUUUUCUAGCUGCUUCUUUAUUUUACUGUUGUCAGAAACAAUCACUGUAGCUUGCCUUUCAGAUACUUUUCUUGGAGAAAAAGGGGAGAGAAAGCUCAUCUUCUGGGUGAUACGGAGCCUUGUUUGUAAGGAGCUGGAAAGUACAGUAUUUGGUUAACUUUAUGCAACUGGCAACUUUUAUCCUGAGUUAAACUAAAGCAUGAAAAUA